UCGUUCAUUCACUCGUUCACUCACUCGCCUCGUCUCCCUCCUCAUUCGCUCACUCACUCGCCUCGUCACUCGCCUCCUCGUCACUCGCCCUCUGCACCUCGUCACCCUCUACACCUCGUCACUCGUCACCCUCUACACCUCGUCACUCGUCACCCUCUACACCUCGUCACUCCUCGUCACUCGCCCUCUGCUCCUCGUCACCCUCUACACCUCGUCACUCGUCACCCUCUACACCUCGUCACUCGUCACCCUCUACACCUCGUCACUCCUCGUCACUCGCCCUCUGCUCCUCGUCACCCUCUGGGCUGUGGCCGCGUCUCGUGACGCGGCUCCAGCCAUGGAGUCGUUCUUAGUCCCCAACCACGUGGGUGUGGACGACUACCACACACAGGAAAUGGGGCACUUCGAUCUGGAGGAGGAGAUGGAUCUCAACGAACUCAACGACAUUUUCCGCGCGCUCAAGAGGGACAUGGAGCGGGAGGAGGACGUGGAGCUGGACAUGGAGGCGCUGGCUGCUGCUGCUGCUGACGUAGCGGAACCGUGGAGCGACAUCUACAAGCAAAUCUUCACUGACGCGGAGGUGAAGGAGGUGAAGGAGGUGAAGGAGGUGAAGGAGGAGGAGAAGGAGGAUCCGGGGCCAUCCUCACCGGACUCGGGGUGCCUCGGCUCCCCGGCCUCCAUUGGCACUCUGGGGCCCGAGGACGUGAAGGGGGAGAGCUUCCCGCCCACCCCGCCCACCUUGCCGGGCGACGUGCCGUGUCCGUCACCGCUCCCCACCACCGUUGCCGCCAACUCAGCAAUCGCCGCACUCCGGACAGAGGAGCCGCGUGGUCCGGCCACGCGCACCGGUGGCCCCCUGCUUCUCCCACGGUGCCCGGCUGGACCGGCUGGCCCCGUGCCACCUCUGCCCGUGCUGCUGACGCCGGUUGCCCUCCUCGCUCCGGCCACAGCCGGCCCACGCCGCACCGCCACCCACGGCACCGGCACUACUGCGAUGGUGGGCCCAGCAGCCCGCACCGUGGUGUUGCGGUGCCCCAGCCAGCUGCUGCCUGCCGCCGGCUCCGGCGUGGGGUCCGUGCCGCUCCCAAUCACCGCCAGGAACGUCGUGGUGCCGGCAUCGGCAUCGGGAGCCAAGCCCAUAGUGCCGGCACCGGCGGCUCCUAUCCCCUCCGCCCCCGCUGGCGCUGACGAGCGAGUGUGGAGGCGGCAGCAGCGCAUGAUGAAGAACCGGGAGUCUGCGUGCCAGUCGCGAGCACGCAAGCGGCAGCAGCUGCAGCAGCUGCAGGGGCAGCUGCAGGCGGCGCUGGGGGAGAACGCGGCGCUGAGGCGCGAGAAUGCGGCGCUGCGCAGCCAGCUCGCUCAGCUGCUGGCGCUCGCGCAGGGUGGAGGGGGUGUUGCUCCACGGACCACGAAGGCUGUCUGUGCAAUGGUGCUGCUGGCGUUCUUCGUCCUGGGAUACGGCCCGCUCGGGCUGGGCCCGCUGGGUGAGGCCCCCCAUUCCCCCGCCCCCCACCCCCGCCUGCUGCCCCCCCUGGCUGGGCGGAGGCUGCUGGGGUACGAGGAGCAGGCACGGCCACCGGCCUCGACCCCCACGGAGACACAGCGCCCACACAGCCGUGCACGUUGGGCUGACUCUGAACUGGUCCUGAGGAGGGACGACCCAGUGGUGAUCCUACCCCAGUCCUGCAUCCAGCUCAACAGUAGUGAGAUCUUGCGGCUGUCUGGGGAGCUGCACGGAUGGAUUCUGCGGCAUGAGCAGCAGCGCAACCGCACUGUGCUCAGUCCAGCGGCACGCUCAACCCCCCCGAGGAAGUCUCAGCGCCGCUCCCCCCCUCUCAUCCCCCCCACGGCCCCCACCGACAACAGCGCAGAGAGGGCGCUGUCCAGCCAGCUGCAGGUGCCGGGCGAGUGGCGCUGGCGCCAAUCCUGGGACUUCCUGGAGCUGAUUGGACGACGGGACGACACCUUCUACGUGGUCUCCUUCCGACGGGACCACCUGCUGCUCCCGGCCCGCGCUCACAACCACACACGGAGGCCACGCAUGUCUCUCCUCAUGCCCGCCAUGGCCCAGCACAACGACUCGGUGGUCCAGGAGGAUGCGGGAGAGUCGAUGAUGCAGAUCGACUGCGAGGUGACCAACACGCGGCUGCUCCACGCGAAGACGUGGACUGCACCCUCCUCACCACCCUCCUCACCACCCUCGGCACCCUCCUCACCGUCACCCUCUUUACCGCCACGCUCGUCGUCACUGCACACGGCACGCGGACGAUGAUGAGCCAAUCGGAGAUGAGCGGGUCCGACGCAGCCAAUCAUAUUCGAGACAUGCAGCCAAUCGCAGACAAGACACGCAGCCAAUCGGUUACGAGACACGCAGUCAAUCAGAUACGAGACAUGCAGCCAAUCAUAUUCCAGACAUGCAGCCAAUCGGAGACAAUACAUGCAACCAAUCAGAUUUGAGACAUGCAGCCAAUCAGAGAUAGUGGUGCUCCGCGUGGCUACUGCAGGGGGUCUGUGGACCCCUGGUGCUCCGUGCAGCUACUGCAGGGGGAGUCCACGUUAAAGGAAAAUGAGGACAUCCUCACCAAGGAAACGUGCAAACAUUUCCUUGGAAAAUCAUGCGGCAAAUCACCCGACCAUGGAUCACACACAGCAGCCAUCGUUCCCCCCCCCCGCCUUCCCCCUCCCCCUCUCCCUCCUACCGGCCGUAGACUUGUGUCCCAGAUCACUCUUGCAAGUGAGACUCAUACCCUGGUCCUCAAAGCUCCCUCAACCUGUGUGACACAACAAUGAAGUUGAAGCUCGAAAUUAUCCACAUCUGCCAAAUGUGCAAUAUAGAGACUCAUAUAUUUACGAACGAGUUGAGUUCCAGAGGUCUGUUUGUAAGUCGAUUUGUUCGUGAGUCCAACUUUUAAUCAUGUCGAUUCCAAACAUGUUGUACAUGUACACUAAACA